UCACCUAUUUAUUCCGUAUCUUUGAUUUCAUCUCGAUCGGAUCCACGCUCUGUGGAGGACGUACAUGGAAAAACAUUUAUUUUAAAUGUCCGGGAGAUGUAGAACAACGCAAUAUUUUAUGAAAUAAGGUAAGUGUUAUUUAUUUUAAAGGGAAAAGGAGUGAAUCCAUUAUUUCCGAAGGUUUAGAAUCUAGCCAAUAAAUAUAGAAUGGUUAUCUUCUGGUUACAUUUUUGACAUGGAUAAGCGCCAGGACAGGAGUAAGCAAAUGGUCACAUUGUUUGUACUUUUCUUUUGCUGCAGUCAAGUUACAGUUUUAGCCGCCAAUGAAUAUUGCCAUGACGUCGGCAAUGACGGGGAGCCCGUCUUCAUUAGUCCCCCAGGUUCCGGAGCCACGGUGUCUGUCAGGGAAGACGCUCCCCCGGGGUUUGUGGUGUACACGGUGAACGCCACAGAUACGGAGUAUUACGAACUUGAUACAGUCAUUCCUGAGUUUGGACUCAGUGGAAACCAGAUCCUAGUUACCGGAAAUCUAGAUUAUGAAGCCACGAAAACGUACAUUUUAUAUAUUAGUGCAUACGAAUGUGUGUAUGCUCGUCCAGUGAAGAAUAAUAUCACGAUCAACAUUGAGCCUGUUAAUGAAUUCUUCCCAAGAUUCACCAGGGAGGUUCUAUAUAAGGAUAUCAACGAAAACGAGGUGCAAGAUUAUGACGUGACGGACCUUACUGAUCUCAUAUGUACUGAUCUGGAUCAAGGUCCCAACCCGGGGUGUUCUCUAACCAUUCAAGGUGGCGACGAUCCCAUCCAAAAGUUUAAACUUUACGGAAGCCGAAUCCAGACAACGAACGCUGCAGUUGACUAUGAGUUGUUAUCAGGGCAGGAUUUCUUAUAUUCACUUACUGUGAUCGGUGUGGAUAAUCCCAAAACAGAUUCCAGUAAGACUGGAACUGCUAGGGUGUUUGUAGACAUCAACCCCAUAAAUGAUAACGGUCCUACAUUCCUCGCUCCAAGUUAUUAUGCACAGAUACCGGAGAAUGCCGUAGCGGGUACGUGGGUUUUAAACUCAUCUGCUGACGACAAUGAUCUCGGCCUCCACGGGACCCUGACAUUCACCAUUACAGCUGGAAAUGAGGACAACAAAUUUUACAUAAACCCAAAAUCAGGUGAAAUAUCCACACUAGCCCCCCUUGAUUUUGAAUCUAAAUCAACUUACCAGCUCACGAUCAGAGUCACUGAUGGAGGUGGAAGAUAUCACCAAGUUAUAGCCACUAUUUACGUCAUUAACGUGAAUGACAUCACUCCAGAGUGUUCAGCGAAUCAGAACGUUGUCGAAGUAGACGAAUCCACUCUCCCUGGGAAAAUUCUUAUGAUGUUAACCUGCACUGAUUUGGACGGAGCAACCUCCUUGACAUAUAACCUGCAAGAUGACCUAGAUGGAACAUUUUCUCUCAAUCCAUCAGGAGUAAUUACCUUGGUAAAAGGACUGGACUACGACCUUGGUAUAAGAUCAUAUCGUCUGACAGUUAUUGUGUCUGAUGGUCUUAACAAUCUACCAGUUCAGAGACAUGUCAUUGUAAAACCUAAUAAUGAAUUCGCACCGGAAGUUCCACCUGCCACCACGAUCCAAGUCGCUGAAAACGAGGUCAUCGGAAGUGUGUUGUAUACUGUCACAGCAACAGACGCAGACGUCUCUCGAAAUAAUCUGAACCCUUUCUCAUUCUUUAUCACAGGUGUCAACAAUAACGGCGGGGACCUAUUUUGGAUUGACUCAAAUAAUGGUAAUAUUGUGUUAGUGAGGAAUCUAGACUUUGAAAAUGAACAGAGAUACAUCAUAAAUUAUGUUGUUGAAGACGAUGGAAAUCGAAGAAGUACAAGCACAUUGACAGUAUCGGUGCUGAAUGUUAACGACAACAUACCUAAAUGCACGCCUGAUGCCAUCAAUAUUAACAUUCAUGAAAAUACAGUCACAUCCGUCUCUUCUCUGUACGAAUUACUUUGUACUGACGACGACAGGGAUUCUCUUCAAUAUGACGUCAUUUAUCGGCGACCUAAUGAGGCUGUAUUUGACGUCACUUCCUCGGGAAAACUUUUGCUUGACAAAGCAUUGGACUUUGAGACAAGAGACUUUUAUGAGAUUAAAAUCGGCGUGACUGACGGUCUGUCUACCGCUACAGUCAGCAUUGCAGUGAACGUCCAGGAUGUCAACGAAGGUGCCCCGGAGUUCACUAGUUCAGGUAUAUAUAACGGUACUCUACCUGAGAAUUCACAGAAGGGUGCAUUCAUCGCCCAGGUGUCGGCUACAGACGUGGACAUCAGUGUUAUUACCUUUACAUUCAGAGACAAUUAUCAGAAUUUUAUAUUGGACCCGUACAGAGGGGAGAUUUUCCUGAAGGGUCUGUUAGACAGGGAGAUGACUCCAUUGUACACGUUAUUAGUCCUGGCUUCAGAUGGAACGCUUACAUCCACCGCUACCGUAUAUGUCAACGUAGAAGACGUGAACGAACCCCCCAAAUUUGUUAGAAAUGCUUACAGGUUUACAAACGAUGAAGGUUCUCCAAAAUCCACCACAGUUGGACAGGUGUCUGCAAAUGACAUUGAUAAAGAGGGUAAAUAUAGCCAGAUAAGAUACGCCAUAGAAUCUGGAAACAUCCAUUCCCAUUUCACCAUUGACUCCAACGAUGGAAUGAUAUCCGUAGCAGAACCUACAGACUUUGAGGAGACUUCUGUGAUUGAACUCGUUGUUUCCGUGACAGACAUGGGUGAUCCUCCUUUAUCUGACAAGUGUACAGUAACCGUUACCAUUGUGGAUGUGAACGACAAUCCCCCUACAUUUCAGGUGUCUUCCCGGUCCAUCUCUGUGUCGGAAUCAGCUGCAAAAGGGACACUGUUAACACAGAUAUCAGCCACAGACUCAGACUCUCCACUUAACAACAAUAACAGGUUCUCUUUCAGUCAAUUGUCUGUCACGCCUUUUCGUGUACAUUCAUCUACCGGAAUUGUAACUGUUGAGGGAGCCCUUGAUCGUGAGACAGAAGACAGAUAUAAAAUGGAAAUCCUUGCUACUGAUGCUGGAAGUCCAUCGCAAACAGCAACCUUAAUUCUGAAUGUACACGUUGAAGAUAUCAACGAUAAUACCCCCAGGAUAGUUGGCAAUUAUGACACAAUUGUAUCAGAAGAUACACCUGUACAACACGUCGUGUACAAGGUAACUGCAGAAGAUGAAGACUUGGGAGAGUACAGUCGACUCCUAUACUCCAUUGAAUCCGGAAAUUAUAAUUCUCACUUCAAAAUAGAACCAUACAGCGGCUUCCUGCAGGUGGCAUCAAAACUUGACCGUGAAACAAGGUCCCUCUAUCAUUUGGUUAUACAAGUAUCAGACCACGGAUUGCCACCCAAAUAUUCCACAUCAACUGCCACAAUCACAAUAUCAGAUAUAAAUGACAAUUCACCAACUUUUACAAAGGCCUCACAAGAAUACUUUGUAGAUGAGAACGUUCCUUUCUAUACAAGAAUCGGACGAUUGGAAGCCGAAGACAAGGAUGAGGGAAUAAAUGCACAGUUGACAUUCCAAAUCAGCGCCUUUUUACAAGGAACAUCCGGAAGUUUCCUUAUCAACGAAACAUCCGGAGAACUGUUUACAAACAUGGCACUGGAUCGUGAAGCAGAAUCUUUCUACCAGCUCAAAAUUUCAGUUUUAGACGGCGGAAACCCAGCUCUAUCAUCUGAAUUUACGAUUAAUAUAUACGUUAAUGAUUUAAAUGAUAAUUACCCAAUUUUCCGUAAUACCUUUUACUCCAAAACUAUUUCCGAAUCUACAGCAGUUGGAACAAAAAUUGUGACGACAGCUGCAGUCGAUGUUGAUCUCGGUUUCUUUUCAGAACUUACGUACGAGCUAGACCUGAGUUCUCCUGAAGGUCUCGAAGCUGACUUUUACUUUCUUGUUCAUCCCAUAUUUGGAGACGUAAUUCUAAAACGCUCGCUUGACUUUGAAACCCACGAUGUCUUAUCAAUGAUAGUCGUGGCAAUGGAUGGAGAUUCACCACCGAAAACAGCAACAGCGAAUGUCACGAUUUACAUCACUGAUGUCAAUGACAAUGCUCCAGAAUUUUCCCCGAUUUUCUACAACACAGAAGCCCCGGUUUCUGAGACCUGUGAUUUUGUUCUUGCGAGAUUAAGGGCUACGGAUAAAGAUGAAACAAACAAUGCAGAACUCUUCUAUGUUUUGGACCCUGCAUAUGAACAAUCCCCAUUUACUGUAAACACAGAUACAGGAGAAGUCAGGGCCAGAAACGAUCUCAACAGCUCUCAGUACAUCAUCAGAAUUAAUGCCCAAGAUAACGGUGAUCCAAGACUGACGUCACUAGUGAGUGCUACAGUUAGGAUAGACACUUUUCAACCGAAAGUUAACGUCUUUACUUUUACGUUACUUCUCAACAAAGACGAAUAUCUGAAACAAGAGGCUGAUUUCCUGUUAGAGGUUAUGCUGUCAAUAAAAUCUACCUACCCAACACCCUAUGUAAGGCGAUGGUGCCUAUAUGAUAUGAAAACAAAUUUGCGGAUUAAUAAGGACAAAUGGGGUAAAUUUUCUGUGAAGGCCAUAGAUGAGUAUUUUGUACCUGACAAAAUGAUAGAAGACACGAAAGUGAUACCUGUUACUAAAUCCAAAAGUAGCAACGUCAACCCACUAGCAAUUGCCUUACCCCUUCUAUUUUUAGCAUUAAUUGCGGCGGCUGUUCUAUUUUUAGUUGCAUGGAAGGGUAAAUGGUGUAGACAAAGAGACAAAAAGAAAAAGGAAAAUAAGAAUUCUGAAAUGACACCUUCUUCACCAAACACACCACGUAUUGUUUCACCAACUGGAAUCAAAAUCAAUCCUGAAAAUGUUGGUAAGAGUGAUGGAAGUGGUCCGUUAAUUAACCUUCCCGCAGGAGAAAAUGCUGCUUUUGUUAACACUGAGGAAAGUUACAAUGAAGAUCAAUCCCCUGCACCACAGUCAUUGUCUGGACAUUACGACAAAACAGGAGUUGAUCCAGUAACUGGCUGGGUCUAUGUUGAGAGUUCAAAAACCAAAGAACGACGAUGGAUAAAAUUCCCGGACAAAGACCCGCUCUUCAAGAAUCUCCAAUCCUCUCACUUAUAAAUAAACGGAUUAUUGGAAUGAUGCACAAGUGCCAUGCUUAUAAAUGAUUAUUUAUACACAGUUUAUGUACACAUACAUGCAGAAUGAGAUGAAGAUCAAUGACGAUUUGAAUUCUAGGAGAAAUCUAGCUUUGAAGGACAAUGUUACAAAGCGCUUUUUUGUCUAAAAAAUAAAAAAGGCUAGUAAAUGUUUAAAUUUAGUAUCUUUGCAUUU